AUGUUUGAAGACGCCAAUCACAUUCGUGAACAAUUGGACAAUUUGGACAGUGAAGAACGAGCGCUCCAACGUCUCUAUAUACAACUCACAGGUUUGAAGCGAGCCGUAGAAUUGGAGUCGAUGCGCCUGAAUGCUCUGAAAAUUUCACUGCUCUCCUCGCAACGUGCCUCCGAAACGAGCAACUCACCAUCCGAAUUUGUUUUGAACAAAACGUUCGAUACUUAG